AUGGGCGAUCAGCUCAUCAGCCGCACUGGCGAACCCGAACGUCAACGACAACCAUCACCUGAGCGAUCUGAAUCAUCCUCACGACUACAACCGAAGCCGUUGACCGUCGGUAACAACACCACCACACCUUGCACCGGUGAACCGGAACGUAUCGCACGUAAAUCGCCACAAUCAACAGCAGUUUGUCAUAAUGUGUCCGAUCGAAGUGAGGUGUGCCCUUUAGCGGGAGAUCGAGCAGAGAUACGGUCGAAGGCAAAGCAGAACAGUACCGGUGCAUCCAACACUACCGUUUCUUCCUUUCUAGCUGACAGCUACAACGCAUCGGAUAAAGUCCUCCAAAAGCUCGUCCAUAGCCUCGGCAGAUCGCUAAACACACGUAAGCGUGGCCGGCUGGAGGCGAAGCGAAAAGGUGGCUCUUCCUGGUUGCGCCACGUUCCAGGCUGUUGUUCCGGUUCGGGAAAAUCGGUCUCGCCUCCAGCGAGGGACUCGAUCGUGUCGGACACGGGCAGCUGUUUACGCUUCCGCAACGAACGCAACCGCUUGCCGAGCGUUACCACUGAUACGCUGCUCGAUCGGUACACACCCACCACCGGCCGGGAAGCAGCGCCAGCGGAAGUAGAAGACGACGACGAGCACGAUCGAGAUUUUGGUAGCGAAUACGGUGUAGACAUCGAACGACUCUUACCACCGCACAGAAAUGGACCCUCGUACGGUGAGCGGUUUAUAUUCGAUCGACUUCAGCUGGAGUUCCUCGAGUUGGAACCGGCAGUAGAGCUUACCUGCUAUCAGCACAACUGCAUCGCCUCCGGUGACGACGGCAGCUACGACAACGACCAAAACGAAUACGAACGCGACGAUCCGAGUGAACGCGAGUGCAGUGAACGAACGUGCGCACUGCAUCGCAGUGCUAGUGAACGAACUGAUCGUAAUUGUCGCACCCGAUCGAAUAUGGGAGCGAAUGUGUCCUCCUCUGCGCGACAGCAUGCGAAAGGACUUACCAGUGGACGACGGGCCCAAUCGAUAGAUAACCUUAAGUCAGACACCACCCAAUACUUUCAUCAGUACCAUAAUAACAACAACGGCGAUACGUUCCAUCAUCAAACCUUCCUGGUGGAUACUGCUGGCAGUAAUGCUGAUGGCGAGGGACUCGAAAAGCAACCACCGCCACCGGAUUUGGCCUGCCUGCCCGGUACCGGUCAGAUACCUCCCGAACAGCAGCAUCAAGAUCACGUCAUCUACGUUAGCCGAAACGAUCGUAACAAAUUCUGUGGCAGUUUGCCGAACCAUCUCGACCUGGACGCGUCCACCAUCGAUCGGGACUGUGAGGCCAUCGUUAAGCAGAACGAAUUUCUCCAAGCGAAUCUGAAAAACGUACAACAGCACCAGCAACAACAGCAAACUGCAUCCCGUACCGUUUGCAAUCAACCGGGCGGCGUGAAUCCAUCACCCCCGAACGGUUCACAUCCGCAGCAACAGCAGCUAACCUUCGGCGGAAGCGUCCCGGCCGAUCAUCCAUCGGCUGUUUCGCAACAGCUGCAGAAUUUGCCUCCGCAGUUACCAACAUAUCAACAGCAUCACGGUUCACCUUUGCUUUGUUCCAAUCCUGCGACGAAGGGUCCGUCAAACACUUCCGCGGCCGGCGGCACUGUUGGACCGGGUGAUGGCGUAGGCAGCAGUACAUUCCGAUCGUCAGAAGCUUGUGGCAGCGGCCAGCAACCGAUCGUGGCAAAUCUACAGCUGAAGCUGCCACUGCACCGGACAGCGAUCGAUGCUGGAUGCGAUCAGGGUUACGGUAGCGAACGUUCUCCGGAGGACGAUCUACCACCACCAUUGCUGCUGAUGCACGAAACGCAGUACAUCGAGAUAUUGGCCUCGAACUCAUCCUCCAACAUUGCCACCCCGGCGCCAUGCCAGCAACUUCCGGCGGAGUGCGUCGGUCCGUCCGCCGGCUCAGUGCAACAGGGUGAACAACCGCAAGCGCAACCAUGCUGGACGCACAGCACCAACACCGGCCAGCUCGUGCUGGGACCGUACAGUUUCAUUACCAAAGAUUCCAUAUUCUUCGUCCAGGUGUCCAAGGGUUCGCGGGGCCUCGGCUUUUCGGUGUCGGGUGGGACCGACUCGUCCGCACCGUACCCGGGACUGAUACGCAUCAAACGGCUCUUUCCACACCAGGCAGCAUGGGCGACGGGGAUGCUCCAACCAGGAGACAUCCUUCUAGAGGCGAACGGUGUCCCACUGACAGGACUCACAAACUACCUUGCCCUGGAAGUUUUGCGCAAAGCGACGAACGUCGUAACGCUCACCGUUUGCCGGCCGAAGGACGAGCAGUAUCGGAAACUUUCACCACCGACCGAACCACCCAGACCACCGCUACGCAAUGCCCUCUCGUACGAACAGGGUCAUGGAUCAAACUCGGUACCUCAGUCACCGCUCCCGGCUGGCAUACCCUUUCAGCAGCAGCAGCAGCAACAGCAUCAAAUCCAUCAUUUCUUCCCUCCUACCAAUGCCAGGAAUCCGCAGCUGCAAUCCGUAGCAGGCUUUCUGCCAUCACUCGACCCCAUGCAAAGCAGCUUCAGUGGGGAAUUCGAGAUCGUACUGACGAAGCAGCAGGGUUCGCUCGGAUUCACCCUGCGCAAGGAGGAUGAAUCCGUGCUGGGUCACUACGUGAGGGCGCUGGUGCGUGAACCGGCCCUUAGCGAUGGGCGCAUCCGGCCCGGUGACAAGAUAGUCGCUGUCAACGAUGUGCCGGUUUCGUCCAUGUCCCACGAGGAGGCUGUGAUAUUUCUACGCCAAGCAGCGGACGUCGUGCGGCUGCGGUUGUAUCGCGACCAGGCCCAGACACCGCUCUCCGCCCAUUCGCCCAUCGAGUCCGGCGUAAAGGGUCGGGCGCGUUUGUUCCUACGGCCGGAAGCAAUCAAUCUGCUAACCGAUCUCGCUGCCAACCGGUUCCAUCGGGCGGCUGCCGGUUCCGGUUCGUCGGUGGCAUCGAGCCACACGAACUCUCCGCGACGUUUGCGUCGUGUCGGUGCGCACCAAGCCGCCUUCGACAAUCAUGGUUUCCAGCAGCAACAACAGCAUUCCAGCGAUUUGUGCAAUUAUUCCGAUAGCUGUUCCAAUGCAUCCACUAUCAUCAGUCAAGCCAUGGACGAUCUGGAUGAUUCGUACUACUGCGAUGAGGAGAUCGAUGCGAUCGUCGCCAGCGAGGACAGAAAGUCGAACGGUGAAGAGCAUGGACCACGACCGCGCCCAACAUUCCUCGAUCUUGAUGCCGGCGCACGGUUUCAACUGGGUAGCGGCGGUGGUGCCAUCGUACAGCAGCUAAACAAUCUCGACCGUGACGCACUGAACGCACCGUUGCGGUACGGUUUGGCCGGUCCCGGUACGCCCGGUCUCGCCGGUCCGGACCCGGACGGACCAAACUUUGUCAGUCUGCCGUGCGAAACGUUCCUGGUGGCGUGCAAAACCGAACAGGAUCUGCAUGCUGGCGACCAAACGGAGGCGAUAUAUGUGCAGCACUUUGCACACAAAUCCCCCCUCUACUCGUCGGUAAACGUACCGGCACGGGUCGGUGCGGCCGAGUUGGUGGAAGCAGUCGAACGAGGAGGAAAGAAAAGUCUAAUGAAAUGGAAGGGCGCUACUCUGUUGGGCGACGAGGAAGAGCAGCACGAACUGAUGCAAGCUGUUGACGGUGCACAAGAGCAGCAGGACUCGCUGAUAACGCCGGAUGCAGACGAUUCCAGUUUGGCAGCCACGGCUGGUACAACGCUCAGCACGGCCACACCAACGACGGAACGCGAACUGUUCGAUCUGAAUGCGAGCUGCGGUACGGACAGUGAAGGAAAUCAGAUUUUCACUGUGGAGCUGAACAAAGGAUGGAACAGUCGACUAGGGUUCAGUCUAAAGCAGGAAACGGGCCGCAACGGCAGCAUCCGCACCAUCAUCAGCGCCAUCUACCGGGACAGCGUGGCGGCACGCGAUGGCCGACUGCGCGUGGGCGACGUACUGAUCAUGGUCAAUGAAGAGUCGGUCGAAGCAGUACCAACGGCACAGGUGAUUGAGCUGAUGCGUAUUGUGCGUGGUGCAAUUUUCAUCACACUGUUGCGACCGUCCGGUGCUUGCGGUGCCGGUGGAACACUCGAACCGACACCGGAGGAGCCAACAUCGGUUGAGCCGUCCGGCAAUGUCACUCCGGUACCGCUGGAUGAUUGCACGGAUGUUGGUGAUAGCGAAGAUGCUAACACCACCACUGCUGUGGCGAAGCACGAAGAAACUACCGAAGCGCAGUCUGCUGAAGUCAGCACGGAGUGA